AUGUCGGAUCAGCUUUAUGAGCAUAACAAACAAGAGGUUGCAACAGUGGAAAACAAUGGAGUUAUGAUUGUGAGACAGAAAACGACUGUGGAGCUCGGUGAAAUUCGUGAUACAACUAGGGUGGCUUUCAUUCGCAACACAUAUCCCGCUCAAUAUAAUCAUGUGGCAAGAAACAUGAAUCAUAUUAAUUAUCAAACGAACACAGAAAACAAACAUUUUAUGCGCGGUGGACAUUUCUUUCUAUAUCGAUAUGUAAUGAUUUUUGCUUUGAUUCUCUGCUUUGCCUUUGGCAUUGCAAGCAUUUAUGCAAAACCAUGUGCUGUGGUUCCUUUUUUACUGACCGUUUUAUAUCUUGCAUUGUCAAUAUUCAAUAUUGUAGUAUUUAUACGUAAUCGACCUGUUAUUAAUCCAAUUCUUACUCGACAAGUAAAUAGAGGGCAACUCGAUGGACUGAUUAAUAGAUUCUUUGACGUGCCCAUUAACGCUACAGUGCUUACUGGAAUACUUGGUGCUUUUAUUGAUCCAGCAGUUAUUGUGGCUGCAGUGAGAAGAGAAAAUGUUCAACUGACUAAAAUAAGUGUUAUGCUCUACGAUGAUCGAUAUCUAUCGCGAAGCUACUUUCCAAAAGAGAUUAUUAUUCAUAUUUUAGUUUUCUUCGUCAUGUUUAUUCUAGCGAUUAUUUUCGUCGGUACAACUGUUUCGAAAUGA